CCCUCAGGAGCCAUGCUGCUGUUGCUGACCCUGACUCUCCUUGUCGGUCCUGCCUGCAGAGCCCAGAAUAUCCUGGGAAAUAGUGUCGGCACCUAUUUCUAUGUUCGUGGUGAAGACCAGGGGGAACUUAAGGGCAUGCGAAUCUUCUUGACAGAAAUAAACCUCAUCAAAGGCAUCCAGCUGAAGUUUGGCAAUUACUGGAGUGACUUUUAUGGAACCUGGUCACCAAAGUAUAGAGAUUUUCUUCUGGAGGACGAUGAGCACGUGAUAAAGGUGAAGGGCAGUGCCAAUCUCUGCCUGACCUCCCUGAGCUUCACUACAAACAAGGGGCGUGUGGCCACCUUUGGUGUUAUAAAGGGCCGCUCCUUCAAUGACAAUGGAGAUUCAGACAAGCAUCUAGUGACUGUCAAUGGUGUGUAUGCACCAGGCCUCUGCAUCAAAGGGAUGGGCUUCAAAUGGGGAACCAUCGGUGGUGAUGCCAAUGACCAUGAUGAUGAUGCCAAUGACCAUGAUGAUGAUGACAAAGAUGAUGAAGAUGAUGACAAAGAUGAUGAAGAUGAUGACAAAGAUGAUGAAGAUGAUGACAAAGAUGAAGAUGAUGACAAAGAUGAAGAUGAUGACAAAGAUGAAGAUGAUGACAAAGAUGAUGAUGACGAUGAUGAUGAUGAUGAUGACGACGACAAGAAAGAUGAACAAGAAUAG